AUGUCUGAAUCUACUGUUGGAAAAACAAUCACCUGUAAAGCUGCUAUUGCCUGGGAAGCUGGUAAACCUUUAUCAAUUGAAGAAAUUGAAGUGUUGCCACCAAGAGCUCAUGAAGUCCGUAUCAAAGUGACAAACACUGGUGUCUGUCACACUGACGCCUACACCUUAUCUGGUGUUGAUCCUGAAGGUGCCUUCCCUGCAAUCUUGGGUCAUGAAGGUGCUGGUAUUGUCGAAAGUGUUGGUGAAGGUGUUACAAGUGUUAAACCUGGUGAUUCUGUUAUCGCUCUAUACACUGCUGAAUGUAAAGAGUGUAAGUUUUGUAAAUCUGGUAAAACCAACUUAUGUGGUUCUGUUAGAGCUACCCAAGGUAAAGGUGUUAUGCCAGAUGGAACAGUUAGAUUUAAACAUAAAGAAUCUGGUAAAGAAUUGUUACAUUUCAUGGGUUGUUCCACUUUUUCACAAUACACUGUUGUUGCUGAUGUCUCUGUUGUUGCUGUUAACCCUGAAGCUCCAAAAGAUAGAACUUGUUUAUUAGGUUGCGGUGUCACUACUGGUUAUGGUGCUGCUGUCAUCACUGCAAAUGUUCAAGAAGGUGAUAAUGUUGCAGUCUUUGGUGCUGGUGCAGUUGGUUUAUCUGUCGUGCAAGGUGCUGCUCAAAGAAAAGCUAAUAAAAUCAUUGUUGUUGAUAUAAAUGAUUCUAAAAAAGAAUGGGCUGAAAAAUUCGGUGCUACUGAUUUUGUUAAUCCAACUAAAUUACCUGAAGGUCAAUCAAUUGUUGAUAAAUUGGUUGAAAUGACUGAUGGUGGGUUAGAAUUCACUUUUGAUUGUACUGGUAACGUUACAGUCAUGAGACAAGCUUUAGAAGCUUGCCAUAAAGGUUGGGGUCAAUCAAUUAUCAUUGGUGUUGCAGCUGCUGGUAAAGAAAUUUCAACAAGACCUUUCCAAUUGGUCACUGGUAGAGUUUGGAAAGGUUCUGCCUUUGGUGGUGUUAAAGGUAGAACUCAAUUACCAGGCUUUGUUGAAGAUUAUUUACAAGGUAAAUUAAAAGUUGAUGAAUUUAUUACUCAUCGUCACCCAUUAAGUGGUAUAAACACUGCUUUUGAAGAUAUGCAUAAAGGUGAUUGUAUUAGAGCUGUUGUUAACUUGUUUGAUAAUUAGCAAUUAAAGUCAUCAAAGUUAUAAGACAAAUACAAUUCAUCAAUAUUUAAUAUUUUAGGGCAUGAAUCAUGCUCAUGGG